CCGUGCAGGGAGCCCGAUGCGGGACUUGAUCCAGGACCCUGGGGUCACACCCCGAGCCAAAGGCUGCAGGCAGGAUGGCUGGUACUGAGAGGAGCUGGCGGUGACUCGGGUACCCACGGUGGCAGCUCCGUCUCCUGAAGAUGAAGUGGCCCAGGUGAAGCGCAGGCUGGGCCCAAUGGCCAGCUCCCGGACGGAGGUGCGCUGGGCCCAGCUGGGCCUGGGGAGGGGGCCCCAUCGGCGACGCUGGGCCUGGCCCGAAGAGGAAAAGGAUGGCGACGGGAGCGGGGGAGAAGAGGGGCCCUUUCCCGGGGCCACCAGCCCCGAGCUCCUGGACGACUUCCGGCUGGCACAGCAGCGCCUGCAGCCGCUGGAGUGGGACCCGGGCCCGCAGCCUGCAGAACGCCAGGAUUCCGCAUCGGGAGAGUCUGCGGGCGAGGAGUUUGAAGCGGAGGAUGUGGACAGCCCAGAAAGUUCCAUCGUGCCUCUCAGCUGGCUCCCUCAGCAGGAUCCUCAACUGGCCGUGACUGAAGAGGAACCGGAUGAGGCCCCUGAAGGUCCGGAGGUGGAGGAAGCUGGAGAGAGCUCCCCAAGACUGGAGCAUGAGACUGGUCUCAGCUCAGGGGGCAAUGGAAACACCAGCCCCGGGGCUCUGGGGUGGGGUCAGGACACAGGCCGUGUGGCCGCUGGCAAGCAAGCCGGUGGAGACAAACUUCCAGAACAUUCUGAGGUCAACCCAGCUAUUGACCUCAGCUCUGCAAGGUCCUGGAGCAGUGGGACCGUGAGCCUCGACCAGCCCAAUGACAGCCUCGAAUCUACCUGGGAAGGGGAAACUGAUGCCCCCCAGCCCGCCGCCCCGGCAGAAACUUUACCACGGAGCUCCAGCCACCACCGGCUACACGCAAACCCCAGAACCGGAGGCAGUGUUGCUUUGGCAACGCCCACGGAAUUCCAGGACUCCUCGGUACCCCAGGCCCAGAGCCUCCAGCGUCCGGCCAGUAAGUGGAGAGAAAGUACCAGCCCUCACCUGGAGGACCAUGCUUGGAAACGGACACGGACGUCACCCAAGCCACUCCCUUCUCGGUUCACCGGCUCCAUCAGCCCCCUGAAUCCACCCAGGCCAGCCCGGCAAGACAGGCUGCCGCCCCGGCAGGGGGCCACUCUGGCUGGCCACUCGGCUGCUGAUGCCUCCAAGUACGGGCGGGGGCAGCUGAACUACCCACUCCCCGAUUUCUCCAAGGUGGGACCGCGGGUGAGGUUCCCCAAAGAUGAGAGCUACCACCCCCCCAAGGCCAAGAGCCACGGCAGGCAGCCUCAGGGCCCUGCCAGGCCUCUGAUCUUCAAGUCACCUGCUGAGAUUGUGCGGGAGGUACUGCUGAGCAGCGGUGAAGCCUGCCCGGCCAAGGACCCACCUCCUGCCCACCCCAUCACCAGGGUGCCCCAAGAAUUUCAGACACCCGAACAAGCCACCGAGCUGGUCCAUCAGCUCCAGGAGGACUACCACAAGCUCCUCACCAAGUACGCCGAGGCCGAGAACACCAUCGACCAGCUGCGCCUUGGCGCCAAGGUGAACCUGUAUUCGGACCCGCUUCAGCCCAGCCACAGCAUCCACACAGGGACGAUGCCCCAGGGGACCAAGGUCUUAUCCUUUACCAUCCCACAGCCCCAGUCGGUGGUAUGGUGGUCAGGCUCCACCGAAGCCUCACAGAUCUCUGGGGCCUCAGGGUGGCCGUCCGCUCAAGGAGACCUGAGCCCCUGCUCGUCUGCCCCAGCGUGGCCCCCGGAGAACCCAGGCAGCACCCAGGACCAGCCCUCAGCAGCGCGGACCCAGGAAUUGGCUUCUUGGGCCAACCAGUUCCUGGCCAAGGUGGAGUCCUUCGCAGGACUGCUGCAGGCAGGACGGCUCACGCCCCAGGACCAACUCAAGGGCUUCCAGCGCCUGAAGGCUGCCCACGCAGCCCUGGAGGAGGAGUACCUGAAGGCCUGCAGGGAGCAGCAGCUGGCCCAGCCGCCUCCCGGCUCCCAGGGGAUGUCUGGAAAAUUCGAUCCUGGCAGGGAGCUAGAGGAGGAGAUAUUCCAGCUGGGAAUUCGCCUGGAAGAGCUGAAGGACCGCAUGGAGCAGAAGCAGCCAGAGCCUGAGCGAGCCGGGUCGGACUCGGCACCGGACAGCCCCCCGGCCACCACGUCCCCGCACCAGCCGGCCGACCUGCCCUCUCUCUCAGGCCCAGGCCGCACGCCCGCCGGCCAGCCCCGCCGCCCUCAGCCUGACGCUGCCAGCUUAGGCCUCUGUGUGUCGCACGGGAACGUGGAGCUUAGCUCCACCAGCAGUGAGGUGGAGGACAGGCCCCUGGGCCUCCCGGCCCCACUCAGGCACAAGGAGCUGCAGGUGGAGCAGGAUUUCCAUGGCCUCCUGGAGCGGUAUCUCAGCGUGAAGUCUCUCCCAGAAGCCAUGAGGAUGGAGGAGGAGGAGGGGGAUGAGGCGGAGGAGGAGGAAGACGGCCAAGGCCGUAUCCUGGAAGUGGAUGGGCCAGCUCCAGCUCCGGGAAAAGCCGAGGCCUCCAGGAUCCCCAUAAGGCAGCUCCCAGCCCUGGCUGAAAGAAGUCACAGGGCCCCCCCCAAGGAGACGGUGGAGCAGUUGGGGUCUGUAAAGCCAGCAGGCUUCCAUGCAUCCGCGGCCAGAGAUGGCUACCUCCAGGGCCUGGACAAAGCCGAGGCAACUCCUCCAGGCCCUACCCGGCCGCCCCGCCCCCGGGCCACCAGGACUGCAGCAUCCCACCAGAGCAGUCUGACCAGCUUGGAGGGAAGUGGCAUCUCUGAGCACCCUCCGCAGAAGUCUCUGCACCAGGCUGGGGGGCCUCACCUAGAGGAGCCCUGGAUGGCGUCCCCCGAGACAGACAGCGGCUUUGUGGGCUCAGAAACCAGCAGAGUGUCGCCCCUCACCCAAACACCAGAGCACCGGCUCUCCCACAUCAGCACUGCAGGAACACUGGCCCAGCCUUUCACUUCAUCUGAGCCUCAGGACGCAGCCUCCCACCCCCAGGACGCAGCCUCUCCCCCCCAGACCAGGGGUCCUCCAGUCCCCAGAAGAGCCACGGAGCCCAGCACACCCAGGAGCCGAGCCCAGAGGCGCCCCUCGGGCCGGGACAGCCCUCUGCAGCAGAGGGCACCCAGCUUCCGCCUGGAACGGGCGCUGGUGGCCGAGAUGGAGGUCCCCGGCUCAGAGUUCGAGGGGCGGAAGCGGAUUUCCAAGCGUCUCCCCUGCAGCACGACAAUCAGCCCCCCGCCCGCCCUGGACCCUGCCGCCGCCCCUCUGCCCCAUGGAGCAGCAGAGAGCACCCACACCUUCCUCCUCACCAGGACAGGGCGAGACCAGGCCAUCCGAGAGCUGCAAGAGGAGGUGUCUCGGCUCCGUCUGAGGCUGGAAGACAGCCUGCACCAGCCGCCCCAGGGCAGCCCGACGUCCCCAGCGGCCGCCUUCGACCGCCCCGCCCGGCCCCGCGCCCGGCCACUGGACCCCCCAGCUGCCUGGGGCUCCCACUACGGCAGUAAAUCCACAGAGAGAUUGUCUGGUGAGCCCGGGGGUGCGCAGCAAGCUGACCCCGCAGGAAGGCGGCGAGCCAGGUCUUCCUCAGCGCCUCGGGAGAUGCCCCAACUGUCCGUGAGUUCUGAAUCUGAGCCAACCCCCCCGCAGCUGUUCCCUGAGAAGAGCCGGGCGUCCACGGACAGUGCAGAGGCAGCUCGGGACGGAGUGAAAGGAGCAGGGUCGGGCGCCAGGCGGCCCGACAGGGUCACCUUCCGGGGCCAGUACACAGGCCAGGAGUACCGUGUUCUGACCCCCACGUCUGCCCCAAGAGGCGGUGGCACGAUCUCCUGUCCCCACUGCCGGCCCCCCAGGACUCAGGACUCAGGUGGUACCGUCACCAGGGACCCACGGGGACCGUCUCCCACUGACACUGUGCGAUGUCCCCUGUGUGGUCGAGGCGGGUCCUCCCCAGAGACGGAUGGCCCAGACUCAGCCCCCAGUGGGCCAGAAAGGGCUGCCGCAAGGAGAAACGCACGCAGAGCCAGCAGCCCCAGCCAGCGGAGCAAGCGCACGGGGUCCCCGGCCCGGCCGCCCCCCGGACUGUGGUAUCUGGCUGCAGCGCCCGCAGCGCCAGCCCCUCCCGCCUUCGCCUACAUCUCCUCGGUUCCCAUCAUGCCUUAUCCGUCAGCCACUGUGUACUACGCGCCCCCGGGACCUACCUCAGCUUCCUCGGCCCAGCCGGCCCCCGCCGAGUGGCCCCCCCCAGCCCCGCCCCGCCUGCCCAGGGCGCCCCGGCACUCCAUCCAGCUGAACCUGGAGGACCUAGAGGAGCUCAACAAGGCCCUGAACCAAGCCGUCCAGGCUGCGGAGAACAUCCGCUCCACCACCAAGCAGAUGAGCCGCUCCCUGUCCGCCGACCUGCGCCAGGCCCGAAGCCUGCGGGGCUCCUGCCUCUUCUGACCUCACUGGAGACUCAGCAACACAGGGUGGCUGGGUGGGCAGGCGGCCUGCUGCUGUCCCCCGGGCCAGGAGGCUGGAGCCACUCCCGAAGGCCCCACAGACCCCUCCUGAGUCUCCUUCUAGCCCAAGCCCUGCCGGCUCCGUGUUCUCAGCGCGGACGGGGGGUGGGGGUGGGCCUGGUCAUCGAGAGGAGCAACUUCCCAGGGGACCAGCCCCUGCAGGAAGUGCUGGACCGAGGCCGCCUUCUGCCCAGAUGGCCUCUGGGUGGGGAGGGGGGUCUCCUGGUCCUGCACUGUCCACCUCUGGCUAAUAAUAUGUAUUUUAUAUACAGAUGGACAGAUUUUUUUUUUUAAACUGAGUUUUCCUGGCCUUAGAUCCAAGCCAGAAGGCCAAAUAAGAAGGGACACGGCCAGGGUCUGUGGUGCAAACCUGCCUCCUGCGACCAGCCACUCCGGAGUAGGCAUCUCUGGGAAGGGACGUGGCUGUGCACUUUCCUCCUAGUGACUGGUGGUCAGUAGGGCCCUUCGACGCCAUUGAAACGUCCAGAUGUCGGGUCCCCAGGAUGACGUGCACCCCACUUCUCCGCGGCUGGAGAGGCCUUUCCCGUGGACCUGCUGGGGAGGGAGCCCCCCCGGGGAGGGCCCAGGAAGCUUGUCCCCCAUGGUCCCUCUCUGUACCUCAUCCCAGCACCCUCGGCUCUGUCCCUGGGAUCCCCGUGGCAUCAGGCUAGCGGCCAGCGACCUGCCAGGCCCCGCUCUGCAGCCGGGAGGCCACCCCACCUCCGGCUCCCCACCUUGUAGCAGCGCGUACCUCAGCUUCUCUGGAAUGUGUAUGCAUCGGUGAUAUUUGUAUAUUUGAGGCAUUUAAAAAUCUAUUUUCGUUAUGAGGGCAAAUGAAGAAGAAUGAAUAUUGAUCUUUUAAAAAAGGAGAAAAGAAAAAAAAAAUUCCCAAAGCUGCCCA